AUGAAUCCAUCCUACAACUUUGAUACUUUAAUUAUAUUUGGCAGACAAAAUAUCGAACAAAACUCUGAUUACUAUAAGACUUGCAUUAAUUCCGAUUGUUGUGGCCAGAAAGCCUUUGAAAUGGUAUAUGUGACGAUUCUUUUAAUACUCAAAAUUGUGGCUUUGACUGGAGGAGAUUGCACUUGCGGCCCUGGCUGCUUAAAUAAUAUACUAUGAAAUGGUAAUUGUGAUGGAGCCUGCAAUAAUUGGGAUUCUGACUUGAUAAUCAUUAUUGUGGGCGUGCUGAUGGUGUUUUCCAAUAAUGAUUGAAAAUGAAAUAUAUAA